CUUUAACCACGAGUGCGCAUAUAUUUCAACUUAAAAGACUACUACGUACAGAGAGAAACAACGAAGAUGUGCUGUUCAAGACUACUUUUCUUCACCUGCCUAAUUCUGAUCUUGCAUCUGUUUGCUCCCACGUUAGCUCAAUUAGUUCCCUACGCCUGCUCCGAUAAGGGUAACUACACCAGUAACAGUACAUACAGAGCAAAUCUCAACACCGUCCUGGCGUCUAUGUCUUCCAAUACCAAUAUCAGCUACGGGUUUUAUAAUUUUUCCGUCGGAGAAAAUUCCGGCAAAGUAAACGCGAUUGCACUUUGUAGAGGAGACAUUGGGACAGACGAUUGCCGUAGUUGUGUAAAUGCGUCGAGUCAGGAUCUGUUGCAGAAAUGUCCCGACCAGAAGGAAGCGAUCAUAUAUUACACGGAAUGUAUGGUGCGAUACUCGAACAGAUAUAUAUUUGGUGUUUUGGAAGGCAGCCCUUUUCCCUUCUCCAGCAUACUAAACGCCUCAGAUGUAGAUGCGUUCACACAGGUUCUAGGGCCUUUGUUAGGGAGGCUAAAAAAGCUCGCCGCAGCAGGAAAUUCUACUCGCAAAUUUGCUGUGGGAAGCGAGACUGCCCAAGAUUUCCAAACAAUACAUGCACUUCUUAUGUGCACCCCUGAUUUGGAUGAACUCGAUUGCAAGAGCUGCCUGGAGCAGUGUACGGCAGCGGUAUUUUCAUCAUGCUGUUAUGGAAGGCAGGGAGGGAGAUAUGUAUCACCCAGCUGUGAGUUAAGGUAUGAGACUUACAGUUUCUAUGACCCUACCGCUGAGGCACCACCGCCGUCGCUACUGCCACCAUCACGUCGAACAAAAGGAAAGGAAAGUAAACCAUCUCGAACUACGGUAGUCAUAAUUGUAUUGACUAUUGGUUUUGCUUUGCUAAUCGUUUCCAACUUCGUUUUCUAUUUACGAGUAAGGAAGUCAAGGCAGAAAGUGAAAAGUGAAGCCAGGCAUGAAAUUAGUAGUGUUCAUGAAUCAUUUAUUAGAUAUGACUUUGGCACAAUCAGAGUUGCUACAGAGAACUUUUCCGAGGUAAAUAAGCUUGGAGAAGGUGGAUUCGGUGCUGUUUACAAGGGUAAGCUUCAAAAUGGACUAGAAAUAGCUGUGAAAAGGCUAUCUAUGGGUUCUAGUCAAGGAAAUAUAGAGUUUGAGAAUGAGGUUCUAUUGCUAGCAAGGCUUCAACAUCGAAAUCUGUUGAGCAUCAUGGGAUUUUGUUUCAAAGGAAAUGAAAGGCUUCUUAUCUAUGAGUUUAUGCCUAAUGCAAGCCUUGAUCACUUCUUAUUUGACCCAAUCAAACAAGUCCAACUAAAUUGGGAAAAACGGCACAAAAUUAUAGAGGGUAUUGCUCGAGGGCUUCUUUAUCUUCAUGAAGAUUCCCGACACUGUAUUAUUCAUCGUGAUCUCAAAGCUAGCAACAUCUUGUUAGAUGCAUAUAUGAAUCCUAAAAUUUCAGAUUUUGGCACUGCAAGGUUGUUAGAUCGAACUGAAGGCAAUACAAUGAGAAUUAUUGGGACUUAUGGAUAUAUGUCUCCAGAGUAUGCUCAACGUGGAACCUUUUCAACAAAGUCCGAUGUCUUUAGUUUUGGCGUGCUAAUUUUGGAGAUGGUGAGUGGCCAUAAAAACAGUUCUUUUCCUGAAGGCCUUGCAAGCUAUGCUUGGGAAAACUGGAGGCAAGGAACACCUUUAAAUCUUGUAGAUCCUACAUUGAUGGUAUAUUCAACAAUUCAAAUACAGAGAUGCAUCCACAUUGGACUAUUAUGUGUUCAAGAAAAUGUAAAUGAUAGACCGACAACUGCUUCAGUCGUUCUCAUGCUUGGUAGUGAAUCCAUUACUCUAGCAGUACCGAAGAGACCAGCAUUUCUUUUGUACACGAGUAGCACUGGACCGGACAUGUCAUCCCGGCUGUCAUAUCAAUCUAGCAACAACAACGUCCAAGCCUCGGUAAAUGAUGCUUCAAUUACUGAGCAAUAUCCUCGCUAGUGUUUGUUGUCAUUAC